GUCUCAUAUCCCACAAUGCAACGAUAAAUUCCAAUCAAGUAUGGCUGACGAUUCAGACGAAGAAAGAUCUGCCGCAAAAAUUCAUCAGAAUCAACCGUAUGAUGAAUCUCUAGAGGUACCGGAUUCUGAAGAAAUAGCCAGUACUUAUUCUCCCACCCCUAGAGUACCAAAUCCUGCAGCAAGAGCUCGUCAAACUCUUCAACAACCAGGUAGAGGUAUGAGUCGUGGAGAUUCUCCUCCUCGAUCAGAUCUGAGUGAUGGAUCCGACGAUGAUGAUGAUGAUGAUGAUGAUUUUGAAGAAAUGAAGACACCUACAGUAGCUAAAGCACCAGCUGUUAGACCAGCACAACAACAACAACAACAACCAGGACAGCAACAAUAUAACUCAGAAGAUGAUGAUGAUGAAGAAGGAUCUGAUAGUACAGAGGAUGAUGAUGAAGAUGAUGUCCAUGUUGAAGGAGCAUAUGAUCCAGCUGAAUAUGAUAAUUUACCUGUUAGUCCUGAAAUAAAAGAAUUAUUUCAGUAUAUUACAAGGUAUACACCACAAUCAAUUGAAUUAGAACAUAAACUGAAACCAUUUAUACCAGAUUUUAUACCUGCUGUUGGGGAUAUUGAUGCUUUCUUAAAAAUAAGUCGACCAGAUGGUAAACCAGAUACCUUGGGUCUCACUGUACUUGAUGAACCCUGCGCUAAACAAUCUGACCCUACUGUCCUUGACCUUCAACUUCGGGCCAUAUCCAAACAAACCAUGGCUAAGCAGUUGAUUGUAAAAAGCUUAGAUAAUGCCGAAAAAAAUCCCAAACAUGUUGAGAAUUGGAUUGAAAGUAUUCGUGAUUUACAUCGAUCAAAACCUCCACCCAAUGUACAUUAUUCUAAAAAUAUGCCUGAUAUUGACACAUUAAUGCAGGAAUGGCCACCAGAAUUUGAAGAUUUACUGAAAGAGAUUGGCUUACCAUCUGCUGAGCUGGAUUGUGAUCUUGGGCAAUAUGUAGAAAUAAUUUGUGGUCUCUUAGAUAUUCCCAUCUAUAAAAACUCACCUCAGAGAAAUGAGAAAAUUCAAGCUCUGCAUGUUUUAUUCACUCUGUAUUCUGAAUUUAGAAAUUCUCAACAUUUCCAAGCUUUAGCUGAAGAUAAUAAAUUAGACAAUGAUUUAAAAAAUGAUGAUUAUGGUGGAGGAGGUAUGGGGGAUGAGGAUCGACUUGUUUUAUAGUUUCAGUAUAGACUGUACAUAAUGAUAAAUGAAUAUACUGUAAAAAAAGGAAAUAAAAGAUGCAUUAUGUAAGAGCUAAAUCUGUCUAUUGCAGGUCUUUAUUUUGGCUUCAAAUGUUAUAUAAACUAUUAUUUAAACAUUCAUUCACAUGACAAGCCCAUAAUCAACCCUCUAGACCAUCAGAUGGCUGAGAUUUACAUGGAUUAGAAUGAGAUUUUAAAAUUAAAUGAUAAAAUGUAUAAAUGAGACUUAAAUCUCACUUGGCCAGGACAUUUGCUAGGAUAAUAAACAAUAUACGCUACAUCUGAAAGAAAUUUUCAAUAUACUAAUUCUUCAUUAUCUGUUUUUGAAAUAUUAUAGCAAGAAAAGUCCGCUCUUUAUCUAAAUCUUACAUAAUGCAUCUUUAAGGAAGUAUGCUACUGUGGGAUUCAAAAAGAAAUCUGAAGCUGUAGCUCUGAUACUUUAUAGAAUAAUACUGUAAUAUUUUUUAUCUUUAAAUAACUUGCUGUACCUUAUUUUCUUUGUUUAUGAAAAUCUACCAAAUAUUAUAAAGCUAUUGAAAAUUACCGCAUCAAUCAAAGCAGAAAUCCAUAUCAACCAGAAAUGAGGAAGAAGAUAUUGUGAAAAUUGAUAAAAAUGUUUCUUUAAUGUGCAUUUAUCCAGAGCUGUUCACAUUUUUCAAUCUAUCCAGUUUUCAAUCAAUCCGUCCAACUCCAACCAUUGAUUAUUAUCAUAUUCAUUCAUAUUCUCUUUACAUUGGUUAGUUUGUAUGUAAAUUUUUAUGUAUUUUAUCAAAAAAAGUGAAACCUACAUUGUUAUUAUAUCGUUAUCUUGUUUGAAGAAAUAAACUCCAUACAUAUUUCUAUGUUGAAAUCACUACAUAUCUUAUGUAUAUUUGUGUUUUAUUCUAACACAUUAAAAUUAUAAAAAUGAGUUAAUUGGUA